AUGGACCACGUCACGAGCAGCCCUGAGUACCCACAGAGUAACGGACUUGCCGAACGGGCUGUCAGAAGCGCUAAACAACUGAUGGAGCAAUUGCGCCUGGACAAUUCAGAUUCUUACCUUGAUCUCCUGAACCUCAGAAACAUCACCAGUGACGGGACCCUGGGUUCACCAGCCCAGCUACUAAUGUCCAGGACAACAAGACCUCCGAUUCCGAUUGCUGAGCAGAAGCUUAUACCUCAAGUGCUGGAGCCUGCUUCAAUCCAAAAGGGUAUUCAGGAGAAACACGAUAUUCAGAAACGGUCGCGCGACAAUGCCCUGUUUGGGCUCCCAAAGUGUGAGGGGAUUAGCAUCAAGACUUACCUGGCCUCCGGCAGCCCCCAGCAGAGCGGGCAGCUGUGGCUUCCGCCUGACAUUGUGCUUCGCUCCAGCUCCAAGAGGCAGCUCAGGCCCGACUCGUUGGUCAUGUACCGGCAGAAAUUUCCAUCUCACUGCUCUGCUAUCAAGUAUUCUAAUCGUAAAUCUAAACGACCCGACCUGUCAUUCUUUAGGUUCCCCAAUAAAAAAGAAAGUCAGGUGGACUAUCGAGCAAAGCUCUGGGCGUGCAAUUUUUGUUUCCAAAGGAACCAGUUUUCACCAUCUUACUCGGGCAUUUCCGAAUUGAAUCAACCAGCUGAACUAUUGCCUCAGUUUUCAACUAUUGAAUAUGUUGUUCAGCGAGGUUCAUCUGCCCCUCUCAUCUUCUUGUAUGUGGUGGACACUUGCUUGGAGGAAGAUGAUCUACAGGCCCUCAAAGAAUCCCUGCAGAUGUCCCUGAGUCUGCUCACUCCCAACUCACUGGUUGGUCUGAUUACUUUUGGUCGAAUGGUGCAGGUCCAUGAACUGAACUGUGAGGGGAUUUCCAAAAGUUAUGUCUUCAGAGGCACAAAGGACCUGACAGCAAAACAAAUCCGGGAUAUGCUGGGACUUGCAAAACCACCAGCAGGAGUUCAAGGAAGCGCCCCUCAACCACAAGAGCACCCUGGUUUAUCCAGCAGGUUCUUGCAGCCAGUUCAUAAAAUUGAUAUGAAUUUGACUGAUCUGCUUGGAGAGCUUCAGAGGGAUCCAUGGCCUGUACCUCAGGGGAAAAGACCUUUGCGUUCGACUGGCGUAGCUCUUUCCAUUGCUGUCGGUUUGCUUGAGGGCAGUUUUCCAAAUACUGGAGCAAGAAUAAUGUUGUUUACUGGAGGACCACCAACCCAGGGACCAGGCAUAGUGGUGGGGGAUGAACUAAAAACACCGAUCCGUUCCUGGCAUGAUAUAGAAAAGGACAACGCACGGUUUCUGAAGAAAGCAACCAAGCACUAUGAGGCUCUGGCGAACCGUGCAGCAGUGAAUGGACAUUGCAUUGACAUCUAUGCUUGUUCUCUGGAUCAGACUGGACUUUUGGAGUUGAAGUGCUGCUGCAACCUGUCUGGAGGUUAUAUCGUGAUGGCAGACUCGUUCAACACUUCCCUCUUCAAGCAAACAUUCCAAAGGGUUUUCAGUAAAGGUCUGCAAGGAGAUUUCAGAAUGGCAUUUGGUGCCAGUUUAGAGAUUAAGACAACCAGAGAACUUAAAAUUGCCGGAGCAAUAGGGACCUGUGUGUCGCUGAACUCCAAAGGCUCUUCAGUAUCUGAAAAUGAAUUGGGUAUUGGUGGUACAUGCCAGUGGAAAAUAUGUGGCUUGGAUCCCAGCACCACCUUGAGUAUCUAUUUUGAAGUGGUCAAUCAGCAUAAUGCACCAAUCCCUCAGGGUGGACGAGGUGCUAUUCAGUUUGUCACCCAUUACCAGCAUUCCAGCAGUCAGAGACGCAUCCGAGUUACUACAGUAGCCAGAAACUGGGCGGAUGCACAGAGCCAACUCCAGCAUAUAGAAGCAGCAUUUGAUCAGGAGGCAUCAGCUGUGCUGAUGGCAAGACUGGGUGUUUUCAAAGCUGAGUCUGAAGAAGGACCCGAUGUGCUUCGUUGGUUGGACAGACAGUUAAUCCGACUGUGUCAGAAAUUUGGCCAGUUCCACAAAGAUGAUUCCAACUCUUUCAAGCUUUCUGAAACAUUUUCCCUCUAUCCACAGUUCAUGUUCCAUCUGAGAAGAUCCCCUUUCCUUCAAGUUUUCAAUAAUAGUCCUGAUGAAUCAUCAUACUACCGUCAUCAUUUCAUGAGACAAGACCUGACGCAGUCACUGAUCAUGAUUCAGCCUGUUCUCUACUCUUAUUCUUUCUAUGGACCCCCUGAGCCCGUGCUUUUAGACAGUGGCAGCAUCUUACCAGACCGAAUACUCCUCAUGGACACUUUCUUCCAGAUUGUCAUCUACCAUGGAGAGACCAUUUCUCAAUGGCGGAAAGCUGGAUAUCAGGACAUGCAAGAGUAUGAAAACUUCAAACAGCUUCUGCAAGCUCCACUGGAUGAUGCACAGGAAAUACUGCAGACUCGAUUCCCAAUGCCACGUUAUGUUGACACAGAACAUGGAGGGAGUCGGGCUCGAUUUCUUCUAUCAAAAGUGAACCCAUCACAGACUCAUAAUAAUAUGUAUGCUUGUGGACAGGAAUCUGGAGCACCAAUCCUGACUGAUGAUGUUAGCCUUCAGGUCUUUAUGGACCAUCUAAAAAAGUUAGCUGUAUCUAGUUCAUCAUAAAUCAAGCUGGUGCAGAAGCGCACAGGAAAAUAGUGAAUUCAUGUCAAAUCUUUGAAUUAUGACUGCCUUGCAUUCAUUGUCGCAUCUUGCUUGUGGGUGGAUUUCCUAAUUUGAUUUUGUUUCAUUUCAUU